AUGGACUACGUCGAGCAACGCAUGACCGAGGAGGCGGCCAAGGCGCCAGCCAGCGACUCCCUCUUCACCCCCCUCAACGUCAUCCUCGUCUCCGCCGUCGUCUACGUCGUCUACACGCUCUUCCGCGCACCCGCCAAGCACGAAAUCCCCAAGCCCCCGUCGCCCGUUGUCUUCCGCACCUACACCCCGCGCACCCUGUUGCCAUUUAACGGCGAGAACGGCAGCCCCGUCUUCAUGGCCGUCCGCGGCCGUGUCUUUGACGUCUCGACCGGCCGCAACUUCUACGGCCCCGGCGGCCCCUAUGCUAACUUUGCCGGUCGCGACGCCAGCCGUGGCCUUGCCAGCCACAGCUUCGACGAGGACAUGCUGACCAAGGACCUCGACGGCCCGCUCGACCCGCUCGAGGACCUCGACGCCGAGCAGAUUGAGGCUGUCGAGGGCUGGGAGGCGCGCUUUACCGAAAAGUACGAGGUCGUCGGCCGUCUUGUGUCUGUGGCAGACUUUGAGACGCAGAAGUGA